GCCGUUUGUAAUCAGGAAUAUAACCUAUGUGUAACGGCUCUCGCUGUUCUUCACCCGCCCCCUCUCCAUAAUACUGAUAACUUCCGGUUCUUUCAGUUACGUCAUGGAAUUUUAGCCUUAUAUACUGAUAUGUCGGACAUUUUAGCCACACUCGUGCUAACUUCUUAGAAGCAAGUUUUUCCCUGUUUGGAUUCUGUUUUAUUUAUUUUUUUAUUUUUUUAUUCUUUGCCACGCUGACUGUUUACCCACUCUCUGAACUUUCUCCUGAGUCUGCCUCCCAUUUUGGAUUGUUUGUUUUUUUUUUCAUUCAAACCCACGAAUGGCUUCUACUCCUUCCAUGUCUACGUGUCUCAACAUGCCUAGGAGAAAGCCACCAUUUGACGCUCAGAGUGAGUUCCUGCACGCAGACAAACAGGUUGAGCUUGAGGAACAACAUCAAAUGUUUUUAAAUGAGCAGUAUAUCAUUGACGCGCUUAUCCGAUUUAUCCUCGGGUCAGGGGGAGCCUGUGCUCAGGAAACCCACCAAGCACGGGGAGAACAUGCAGACUCCACACACACAGUGAGAGGGAGCGAGACUCAAACCCAGGACACUGGAGGUGUGAGGCAAACUACCAUCAUACCAGUGACACAGCAGAAUCUGUUCCUCAUUCAGCACUUCUGUGAAUGGAGAGAGGAUUUCCUGGCAAACCUUUCACCAGUCAGGCUUAUAAAUAAACAUCGACCCUCCACCCUCAUAAUCAACCAUACUGCUAUAGAGGGCUGUGUGGAUCUCCACACCAAGCAGAUCAAGGAGCUGAACAUCAGCUGGAGAGGUGGUGAACAAUCUACUUCAAUAAACAUCAAUGGAGACAUGACAGAAAUAGUCCAGAGCUUUAGGUUCCUGUGUCUUCACAUGUUAGUGGAGCCGUCAGGGACAGUCAUCAUAACAGCACUGGUAAAUAAGGCACAGCUCUACUUUCUAAGGUCAUUCAAUACUUUCUGUAGUAUUAAGAGCGUCAGAAAUCAGAGACUGCUUGGAGCCCAGCUGCCUGGUCGGUUUGUUUCUGAAGACUAUAGAGAACCUCACACUGAUGAGCUCGAGGCUCUGUUUUGGGCUUUAACUUUUUCUCUAAAAUUUAAGUUAGAUUAUCCAGUUAGAUCACAUAAUGACAGAUUCAUUAUAUAUGAUUUACAAUUAAAAUGGGAGGUUAAAGAGUACAUUUGGGAAAAAUUUGAAUUAUUUUCCUCUGAGGAUGAUAUUAAUAAUAUUUUAGAAAACUGUUAUACACUUCAGUGUAGUGAAGGCAUCCUGAAUGUGAUCAUACACUACGCAAAUGUUGGUGAAAAGGAUCCCAAAUACAUCAUGAUAAACAGCUGGAUUUAUAAAGUGUAUCCUAAGAAGCUUUAUGUAUUUCUUGUAGGGAAACAGCUCAAUGGAACAGAAAAUGCAGAUAAAAUUGAAUCAGUUAUUAAAAGUCAGAAGAAGAAGCACAGUUACACAGACAUUCGAGAAGGAAUCAGGAACUGUAAAGAACAUCAUGAAGAUCUGUAUGAUCUGUAUUCUGAGUACGCUCAGUACACCAGAGAGACUUUACAGGGCGUCUAUACACACGGACGUUUAAAGCCCAAGAGAGAAGCUUGGUUCACUACAUACUUUUUAGCAACAGUGAUUUCAGAGUCUAUAAGAAACUAUAGGUCCUUUAUCACCACACUAAUGGCUUUAGACCUGAUUCUCAGACCAAAUCCUGAAAGAGCUGAACAGGAGAUUAUUUUAGAGAAGCUUCCGAUGGCGAGAGGGGGAAGCUGGGUCAAUUCAGAUAAACGGGGAUUUUAUGGGGCAAGUACUGCAUUAAAUAAAAAACAAAAAAGAAAACUUGAAAAGCUAAUAAGGGAAGAAGAGCAAAUCUGUAAAAAGUGGCUUUCACUCAGAAAUAAAUCAGAGAUUGACAGAGAAAUGCUUCAUCGUCUGCUGGAGUUGGUAUACGGUAAACACAGACUUUGUGAAGAGCCCUCACUUCUUCAGGAAUUUACGGUAGCUUAUAUACAUUUUAAAAAGAAAAUAAAUUCUCCCAUUUCUCAAGAAUUACUGAGAGAGUCAUUCAACUGGAGCUUCUCACUGUAUACAUAAAAAAUGAAGAAAUAU